AAUUCAGUGCUUAAAAUUGCAUGGAAAUACAAUUUUCCAUUCCAGUUACCAACAUGUAGUUAGUGCUGGAAAAGUGUUACAUGCAUUUAUUUCCCCAAGCAAUAAACGACCAAUUUCUUGUCGAAAAGGGGUCGGCACAGUCAUAAAUAUUUGUUCCGUCGCGAAAGCAACAUAAUAAAAAGAGUGUCAACUAAUAAGUGUUUUUCUAGUAAAGAUAGAAAUAAUGGCAUCUCAACGUGUAGAUUAUAAAGCAGCAAAUGGUGCAACACAAGUACUAAAUUCGGUGAACAAGGGACGCGAAUCAACCUCUGUGAACAACGCUCAAGGACACAACAGAAGAAUGUCUUCUGUCAAACGGUCUAAAAGUCAACGGAGUCCAAACACACGUAUUGUUUGCGGUAAGAGAAAGGCCACCGUAGAUUCACCAACCCGGAGACUCAACAAAAAGCUGGUCCAUGCAUUGUCCGAAUCACGACAAAGCAAUGAAUAUUACAUACACGAGUUAAAUAAGCUUCAAGCUGCUAGUUUGAGAGAAAUCUGCGACUUGCAAAAAGAAAACGAGGCGUUGAGUAGGGAACAUGUAGAACUAGCUCAAACAAUUGAAAAGUGGAAGAGACGGUGUCACGAACUCAGAGACAAAAAUACACAUUUUAUAAAGUUGCAAAGUGUAAAGAAACAAAAUCAGGCGUUACAGGAAGAUUUGGAUGUGUGCAAAUCUGUGGUGUGCCGAUUGAACCAUGAACUAAUGUCGAGUCAAGAAAAACUGGGAAUUUUAGAUGACACGGACGUCGACACUGGACUACAAAAGCAGGACAAUAAUCAAUUAGAAAUGUCGGAAGCAAUACAAAAUCCUCGCACUCGGCUUUUCCCUCUGUUGGUUGCAUACGAUGAAGUCAUCAAAGAAAAGAAUGAGACAAUCAGAGGGCACGAAAACACACUUGAGCAUUUUAAGACGCGAUGCAGGGAAGUAGUAAAUGAAAAUCAAGAUUUGCAUAAGGUCAUAUCGGAUAAACAAGGGAAGGGAACAGUUUCAGUUGAAGAAUGGGAAUUUUUGCAUCUGAACGCUUUAGUGGUAUUAGAAGAAAAUGAUGUUUUACAUGAAAAGAUGGAUUUGAUGAGAAACAAGGAAUCUGUAAUGAUGAGAACGCACGAAGAGAAGGUGCAAAAAUUAAAAACAAAGGUUGCAACCUUGAAUGAAGAAAGGGAGAUUCUCAAAGAGGCUGUUACAAAGUCGGAAAACCAGUGCAAGCACUUAUUUGAGCAGCAGUCCAGAUUAACAGAAAUUUUUGAAAAAAGAAUCCCACUUGAUCAGCAUGAGGCAUCCGUACAGGAAUGCAAAAAUCUAUUUGAAGAAUUGAAGCUCAACUACAACUCGGAAAGAUCUGUACUUGUAGCAAAAUUAGAGUCUGCAGAAGCGGAGAAAAGUAGGCUAUCCGGUGAGAUUACUGAACUCGAAGCAGCCAAUGCUCGUCUCCAAACAAGCUUAUCAUCAUAUGAAGAAUGCUUAGCUUCAAAUACGGAGCAAUUCAAAAAUGUGUACAAGACCAUGUUAGAUGCCACAAAAGCGAGGGACGCUGCCACCAUCGCAAUGGAGGAAGCAACAAGAUUUUCACAACGAAUAAUAGAAGAAAGGGACAACAGUGACCGUCUUCUGCGAGAACAAAGAAUGCUCAAUGAAAACCUGGUACAACUUCGCGAUAAGCAAUCUGGACUGGUUUACGAGCUUCAGCGGAAAAUUCAUGAAAUGGAGGAUAUUCAUUCACAAGAAGUCGAGAAAUAUUUCGGCAAGAUCCAAGAGUUGGAGAGAUCGAAAGAGCUCCUAAGUUUAGAUCAUCAGCAAAAAGUAGUGUAUUUAGAAACUGUAGUUGACGACAAAUCAAAGCGGAUUGAUCAUCUUGAGACAGAAAAAAAACAAUUGGAGUUAGACUUGGAAACUGUGUGGAAAACUACUACCUCAACAAUGAAGGAACUCGCUCAUGCUAGAUAAUAUUUUUGUUUGCAUUUUAAAUGCAAAUUUUCCUACUCUUUUGAUUUGAGAUUGUUUUUAAUUCAGUUCUUCUUUGUUUCUAUCUAUAAGCAGUAAUAUUUUAUUAUAAUGAAAUCUUACUAAUAUUAAGUGAGAAAAUAAAACUACAUUUAAAAAACAGCAUUCUUCGG